AUGACAACCAUUCACCGCAAGCAGAUGGUUCAGGAACACGUGUCCAUGGAGUUCUCCAGCUCCACCACCCACGUGCAGACCUUCUCCCAGACAACCAAGAUCGUGGGAGAGGAAUUCAUGACAAGGAGGUCCUCCAGAUCUUCGGAGUUCUUCAGCUUGGUGACCCGGAGUUCCAGCAUCCCUGCCGGCAAGAGCGUCCCCGAGUUCGUGGAGAAACCUCGCCCAGUCACCGCACCCGAGGGGGAUAGAGCUGUGUUCUGAACCCGGGUGCAAGGGAACCCCAAACCCCACGUCUCCUGGAAGAGGGAGAGCAGCAUCCCCAUCAAGGAGUCCGCCAAGAUGUUCUACGACAGCAUUAACAAGGAGCACGUGCUGAAGCUGGAGCCACUGACCUCGGAUGACUCUGACAACUACACGUGCAUCGCAAGCAAUGACCAUGCAGACACCAUCUAUACUGUGUCCUUGCUGGUGACCAAAGGCUAAGAAAAAGUGGAUUUCAAAAAGAUGUUGAAGAAGAGGGGACCCCCUGCUCCCAAGAAGAAGCAGAAGAAGAUGACAGAUGAGAAAGAGAUGCUGGAGAUUUUGUCCAAGGUGCCCAAGAAGGACUUUGAGAAGGUCUGCAUGGAGUAUGGUUUCACCAACUUCCGGGGGCUGCUCAAGAAGCUCAAAGAGAUGAAAAAAGUGGAGGUGGAGACCAUCCGGAUUCUGAAGCCCCUGGAAGACAUAGAGACCAAGGUGGACAGCACGGUGGUUUUUGAAUGCAUCAUGGAGCUGAAGGACCCCAAUAUCAAAUGACGUGGCUCAUGGCAGGAUGAUGAGCCCCUGAGGAUCCAGUACUCCCUGGGCAGGUAUGACACGAAGCAGAUGGGCACCAAGUACAUGCUGGCAAUCACCAACGUGAACAUAAACGACGCAGGCACCUACAGCCUGUGCGUGGGCAACAAGCGGAUGAAUGCAGAGCUCACGGUCCUGGAUGAGCCACUGAAGUUCUUGGGAGAGAUGAAGCCCAUGAAGGAGACAGAGCCAACAGCAGUGUUUGAGAUCCGCCUCUCCAAGAAAGUGCCCAACUUUGUGUGGAAGUUCAAUGGAAAGGAGUUGAAGAGGGAUGACGAGUAUGCCAUCACAGUGUCUGAAGAUGGUCUGACCCACACGCUUAAGAUCAAGGAUGCCAGACUCAGCGACAGUGGCGAGGUCUCUGCCGAGGUAGGGAACCUGGUUCAGAAGGCCCAGCUCAAUAUUGACUGCAUCCCCAUAAAGUUUGUGAGCAACCUCAAGAAUGUACUUGUGAAAGAGAAGACCCGUGCAUGCCUUGAGUGUGAGCUGACGUCCAAGGAUAUGACCCUGCGCUGGAAGAAGGACAGGCAGCUGCUGGAGCACAGCCCCAAAUACAGGACGAGCCAUGAGGGCAAGCGAGCAGAGCUGGUCAUUGAUGACGCGCAGCUCAGUGACAGCCUCGAGUACACGGUGGUGGCUAUGCAGGAUGGGAACCCCACUGAAUACUGCAGUACUGCUGUACUCACCGUGGAGGAGCGGCUGGCCACGGUGAAGAGCGGGAUGUCUGAUGUGCAGGCGGCCACAGGGACCCCGGCUGAGCUGUGCGUAGUGCUGAACGACGAGAAAGUGGAGGGCAUGUGGCUGAAGGAUGGCAAGGAGAUCAAGGGCUUGCCUGGCGUGCAGAUCGUGAAGCAGGGUGCGGUGCACAAGCUCAUCUUCCCCAAUAUGGGGCCCGAGCACGAGGGCAAGUACACAUUCCGGGCCAGGGGUGCAGAGAGUGAAGCCUCAGUAUUUAUUGCAGAUCCUCCUAUCAUCGACCUGUCGCUACUGGAGGCGCUAGCGCACCCUGUGACCGUGAAGGUGGGCCACACGGCGAACAUCAAGGUGCCUUUCCGAGCCAAGCCUCUGCCCAAAGUGACAUGGUACAAGGACGGCAUGGAAGUGACGGAGGAGGAACGCGUGUCAAUAAAGCUUGGGGAAGAGCAGGCGCUGCUCACCAUUUCAAACUGGAACAGCGGCCUUAUUCUGCUCAAGCUCAAGAAUGACUACGGCACAGCCACUCUGCACCUCAGCGUGCUGGACCGUCCCAAGCCUCCCCAAGGCCAGGUGGAGUUCCUGGAGCUCUCCGGGAAUUGUGUGCACAUGAAGUGGAAAGCCCCAAAGGACAACGGCGGGCGACCUGUGACACAGUUCAUAGUGGAACAGAGAGCAAUUGGCAAGAAGUCCUGGAUUAAGGUCGGCAAGGUGGACAGCAAAGUCACCAAGUUCUCCACCAACAUGGAAGAGGGGAAAGCCUACCAGUUUCGAAUCCUGGCCAUCAAUUCAGAAGGAGUGAGCGACCUGCUGGAGACAGAGGAAGUAUUUGCAGGAAAUCCUAUUGAGCCCCCUGGUCUUGCCUCCCAGCCUCAAGUGACUGAUGUGACCAAAGAGUCCAUGACCAUCACAUGGAACGCCCCCACCCAAGAUGGGGGAGCCCCAGUGCUUGGCUACGUUGUGGAGCGGAGGAAGAAAGGCAACAACCUGUGGGUGCCAGUGAACAAAGACCCCAUCCAGGGUACCAAGUACACUGUGGAUGGCCUCCUGGAAGACACAGAAUAUGAAUUCCGAGUUGUAGCGGUGAAUAAGGCAGGCCCCAGACAGCCCAGUAUGCCGUCCAGCUCGGUGGUAGCCAAGAACCCUGUCAAACCCCCAGGCCUGGUGCAGGGCCUGCGCGUGUCUGAUUCCUCCAACUCCAGCAUCUCCCUGACCUGGAGGGCACCUGUAGAUGGAGACCCACCCUCUGGCUACAUCCUUGAGAUGCGGGCUGAAGACACCAAGGAGUGGGCCAAGUGCACAAAGAUCCCCAUCUCAGGCACCUACUCCACAAUGGGAGGCCUCACUGAGAGGCAGAAAUACUUCUUCCGAAUCCGGGCUGUGAACGAGGCUGGGGUUGGGGAGCCUGUGGAGCUAGACAAGGGGGUCCGGGCGAUGCCACCACUAGCUGCUCCCAAGUUACUCAGCACCCGGCUGAAGAGUCACAUGGUGGUUCGCGCUGGGACAGCUCUCUGCAUCCAUGCCACCUUCUCUGGCUCACCACCACCCAACGUGAUCUGGCAGAAGGACGGCAUCCCCACCAAGGGCAGGGAGACCAUCACCAAGAGCAAAAACCAUUCCCAGUUCCUCAUCAACAGCACCAAGCGCUCUGACUCAGGAGUGUACCGCAUCUUGCUCCAGAAUGAGUUUGGAGAGGCAUCCUAUGACAUCCAUGUGUGUGUAGCAGAUUUUCCACGGCCACCCACAAACCUACGGUUGUUUGAGGAGGUCCCCAACACUGUGACUCUGACCUGGAACCACAGCCCCAAUGUGCAGGAGGAUAGCGAGUCUCACUAUGUCAUCAUGAAGUGGGAUGCCAGCACCGCCACCUGGUUCACUGCAGCAGAGUGUGUUUUCAGCAACAAGUAGGUGACGGGUUUGAUCCCAGGCAGGAAGUACUACUUCAGAGUAACGGCCCGGAACAAAAUCGGUGACAGUGACCCACUUGACUCCAAGGAUACCUGGCAUGUCAACAAGGACAAGACCCGCACAAUCGAAGACCUGAGCACCAAGCCGAAGACGUACCAGCAGAAGGACUGGCGCCACGCGCCGCGCUUCCUGAUCCCGCUCAGGCCGCACAGGGUGCUGGGCGGCCAGGACUGCACCAUGACCUGCGCCUUCCUGGGGAACCCGCGGCCCACCGUGACCCUCUACAAGGGCGACGUCAACAUCACAGCCAAUUCCAAAUUCUGGUACAACUCCAUCAGCGGGGUGUGCACUAUCGUCAUCCCCACCUGCACACUCAAGGACAGCGGCGAGUACAGCGUGUUGGUGGAGAACGAGCUGGGCAAGGACCGCAGCAGCUGCAAGCUCACUGUCUAUGACAAAGAUGCCAAGUCAAUUCUAGCAUCCAUCACUAAGAGUCUGCAGAAGAAAUCAAAGUACUUUAUGUGAGCUCCAGCCCAGCCGAGGCAUCAGGAGGAUGUUGUAAUGUAGGGCUUCUUGGCCUGUCCUCUGUGUGG